AUGCCUUUCUCGGCCGACGACUUCAAGAUGGCCAGGGGAUCUCGCCUCAUCCCCCUUGGUGUCCUCUUCCUCUUCAUGCUCUCUCUGCUAUGGUACACAAAGUCGGGUGACGGAUUAUCCUACCUCAAGGGCCAUGGAUACGACUACAAUACAAAUCCGGCCGCCAAUUUCAAAUUAACAAAAGACAGCGUCAAAGACGUUCACAAUUCCACCCUUGGCUUCCAGAAAGUCUUCGUCCUGAACCUCGCCGAACGACCGGACAAGCUCGAUGCUUUUGCCCUCGCCUCCACCCUGACAGGCUUCACUGCGGAGAUAAUAGAAGGUGUAAGAGGGGAAGAGGUGGUGAAUAAGGCGCUUCCGUCACUGGAGGGCCUGCCUGAGAAGGAAGAGUCUAAGAAUAAUGUUGUUGGGUGCUGGCGUGCGCACUUGAAUUUUGCGCAAAAGGUCGUCAUGGAAGGACUCACCUCGGCCAUCAUUCUCGAGGAUGACGCGGAUUGGGACACCAGACUCAAGGAUCAACUAGCAAUCUUUGCUCAAGGCAGCCAAUUCGUCACAGCUGUCCCUCCAAACCACAAACCUCACUCUCCAUACGGCGAUGAUUGGGACCUCUUAUGGCUCGGUCACUGCUCGAAUCAAAUCAAACCAGACGACGAGAGACGAUUCGUCAUCGAGAACGAUGAUACGGUGCCAAUCACAAAGCAUCGGGUGAACUUCGCUGGGGUCCCCGACAUGGUUGCCGAAGGAUACGACAACAAUACCCGAAUAAUUUAUGAGGCGAACAACGGAGUGUGCCUCUACGGCUACGCACUCUCAUUUCGCGGCGCUCGAAAGCUUCUACGAGGGCAAGCCCAACGCAAAACCUUCCUGCCAAUCGAUAUCGGCAUUGGCUACAUGUGCAGAGACGACCCAAACUUCAAAUGCAUCGGAGUGUUCCCGCAGCUUAUUGACAGUCACAAGGGGGCUGGCAGGCUGAGCCGAGACAGCGACAUUGGAUCGUUCAGCGCACAAAGCAUUCGGCAAAAAGGCUACACUUUCAACAUUGUACAUAGCACUCGCUUGAACAUAGACCACCUUCUGGCGGGUGAGACGAACAAGAUUGAGAGGCAAUGGCCGAACGAUCCGGAAGUGAAAGGCGAGCUGCGAGCGAAGCCUGUAGGGAGGGUAUUCGAUUAA